UGCUCCAUUAUAUUGAAUGAAAAUAGAAUUUUUGGAAAAUUGGAUUUAUGAGUAACGCCGAGUAUCAAAUAAGUACCAUCUUUUUAACUACUAGAUAAGAGAAUGGCAGCUUAUGCGUAUUUUGCAAUGAAUUUCAGCGUGCUUAAAAUAUUUUUGUGUAUAUCAGUGUUACUAAUAUUUUCUAGUAUGUAUUUUAUGCAAUCAUAUCAUGAAAUAAGUGAUGUUCCCUUAAAUAUACAAUACAAUACGACGAAUGUUUACAAUAAUAAUACUAAGAAAAAAUUUUUAAUCUAUACCCCGGGUUGUUCAAUACCAAAAUAUAAUCCCUUUGACGCAAGAGUGAAAAAAUACUAUAUAAAAACUUCGUCAUCUUAUGGAUGUUCAUCUAAAAAAACAAUAUUCUACGUUAAGGAAAAUGGAGUUAUAUCGCUUGACGAGUCUGCUUUAUUUCUAGAAUAUAAGUUAAAUAAGAAUCAAAUUGAUUGCACAUUUCGUCCCAUUACUAGACUAAAUAAAGGAAGAAAACCCGACGACACAUUUGUUUUAGGCAAAGAACAUCAUAUGAUAUUUGAUUUGCCAAUCGAGGAUGAUUCUGUAUUGUUGAAAUGUAAAGCUAAAAACCGUACCAUUAUCACUAGGGCUUUUUUACUAACUCCUUUUAAAGAAGAAGUAGAAAAACGAUGUGAUAAAAUUAAAUCCCAGCAAAAAUUAAGUGUUGUCAUUGUAGGCAUUGACUCUAUAUCAAAAUUAAAUUUCAUUCGUUAUUUCAAAAAAACAUUUCAAAUUCUAAAAAGCGAGUUUCAGCCCAUAGAACUAAAUGGUUUUGUGAAAGUGGCAGACAAUACUUACCCUAAUUUGAUAGCUUUUCUGACAGGUCGUCAUCGAAGCUAUUAUAAAUUCAAGGAAAGAAAAUUUCGUUAUUACGAUGAUGUUGAUUUCAUAUGGAAACGAUUUGCGGAUAAUGGAUACAGAACUUUAUUUUCUGAAGAUGCCCCUUCUAUGGGUACUUUCGUUCUAAAUAGAAGAGGAUUUCGUCACCCUCCUACAGAUUAUUACAGCCGACCCUUUUCAGUUGCUGUUGAAACACUUAAUUUAAGACAUAAAACCCAUUGCAUUGGUGACAGAUUAGAAAUGGAAGUUUAUUUUGAUUAUUUGAUAAACUUUGUGUCCACGAUGAAAAAUAGACUUAUUUUCACCUUCACAUUCAUAGCCCGUUUGACUCAUGACAUACUUAAGUACGCUGGUUAUGCUGACAAACCAUCCCAUGAAUUAAUUGUAUCUCUAAAUGAGACUGGUGUUUUAAACCGAUCGUUACUCAUCUUUUUCAGUGAUCAUGGUAUUAGAUUCGGAGGUAUACGCCGAACUUAUAUAGGCCAAAUAGAGGAGAGAAUGCCGUUUAUGUUUCUUUUAUUCCCUGAUUGGUUUUUAAAAAAAUUUCCAACUUACGCGAAAAAUCUACACAUCAACGAAAACCGAUUAACCACACCAUAUGAUAUUCAUGCGACUCUUUUACAUCUUUUGAAUCUUGAUGAAGAACAAUUUCAUACAAUGCAUGGACAAAGUUUGUUGAGUGAAAUAAGAGCUGAGAGAACUUGUUCCGAUGCCAUGAUAACGAAGCAUUGGUGCACUUGUCAAUUCUAUAGUAUUCUGUCUAAACACGAUUCAAAUGUCCGUAGUGCUGCAUUAUUGGUUGUUAGAAAAAUAAAUCAACUCCUGACACCAUUUAUGAGAUAUUGUGUUCCUUUAAGGCUUAGUAAAAUAUUAGAUGCUAGAAUUGCACUUCAAACAGACUAUUUGAUAACUUUACAAGUCAAUCCAAGUGGUGCUAUUUUCGAAGCAACGUUACAAAAAAGAACUUUUCAUUUUAUAAUUCAAGAUGAAGUAAGUAGAAUUAAUCGGUAUGCAAAUCAAUCAAAAUGCGUUGAAGAUGCUAUUAUUAAGAAAUAUUGCUUUUGCAGACAUCAAUAAAGUAAAACCAGCCAUUUGUGCAACUUGGAUCAUUUUUCAAGAGUAGACAUUUUAUCAGAUCCGAAAGCUGUAGACAAUUCUACUGAAGCCUAUAUUUGGUAGCUAUUAAGAAUUGCCAAUCUCUCUUAAUGUCUCUGUCUUACAAAAAUCAAAUUAUUUUGAAUAAAGUGAAAAACAACGUAAAUAAAUCAAAAAUCAAGUACAGAAAUGAACUUACUAUAGUUUCGGUUCUCCAUACAAAAAACUCUUCUGUGUCUAAACAUUAAAUGGCAUUAGAGGAGUAAAGAGAUAAACAACUGCAAAGUGGUUUAAUCAAUAAAAAAAAGGGGAACAAGUUUGAACAAAAUAAUAAAAAAGGUGAUACGAAACAGGUAUGAGGGAGUUGGAAAUCAAAAGGGCAAAAGAUUAAAUUAAAAUAGUUUUCCAUACAUUGGGUGAGAUACUAGAAGGAUCAUUAACUAAACUAUCAGAAUAUAUAGUGACUGAAAAUAUAUAGUGAAUACUGUUCGGCAUCUACACUUCAUAAACGUACUUUAUAACCCAUGCUGCUAGUUCUGUAAAUUUAGGAUUUUAUGAACUGUACUCAUCUUGAGAGCUGUCCUAGAGUUUGUUGGAAAUCUACUAGAAAGCAAGGGACCAAUUGAAUUCAUAGACUUUUUUCUGUCAUUUUAUUGCUAUUUCUUUUUGAUCCUAUUUCUUUGCUUUCCGGUGCCAGAAUUGGAAAAUAGAUUAAAGCUCUCCUUCAACAGCUAGUUGUCUGCCAACAGGUUCAUGGCCUCAUAAUUUUGAAACCAACAACAAAUCGCCUUUAAUUGCCAGACAAGCUGGUACCUAUUGUCCAUCUCAAUAGUAUCUCAGUACGUAAACCAUUGUUUCAUCAACAAUAAACAGUUUUUAUGCCUGCAUGUCUUAUGAUUUUUGCCAUGAUAGUGAAAAAGAAUUUAUUAUUCACUCAUUUAUUAUUAUUUUUUUACAAAAUGUUGAUAAAUAAUGUGUAAAUUGAAGAGAUCUAAAUAAAAAUAUCACGAUGGAAUUAGUAUUAUUAAAAAACAAAUACAGGGUGAUUUUACGAACGAUGAACAAAUUUGAAAGAAUCGUUGAACGAAAUAAAAAAUGCAUUUUUUGUAAAGAAAUGUAGGGUCUAAAGUGACUUGUUAAGGCAUGAACGCAAAAAAUGGCACGUGAGGAAUAAGGUGUUUAUUUACAAAAUCAACGCUUCUUUGCCUCAAUACAGUAUUCACAAUAAAUUAUUACAAUUACGACAAUCAACAGUAAUACAUUCUUGAAGACCCGCGAUGGCUCAGCAUAUAGAGCGUUCGCCUUCCAAUGACGUAAACCGGGUUCGAAUCCCAGAGAUGACUGUUAGAUACGAAUUCCGU